AUGUCUCCAUAUAGACUAGUGUAUGGUAAGGCUUGCCAUUUGCCUAUAGAGCUGGAACAUGGAGUAUAUUGGGCCAUUAAGCAAUGUAAUUUCAAUAUUGAUGAAGCUGGUUGUGUGAGAAAAUUGCAGCUAUCUAAGUUGGAUGAGUUGAGGAUGGAUGCCUACAACAACUCUAAGUUGUCCAAAGAAAGAACCAAGAACUUCCAUGACAAACACAUCCAACGUAAGACUUUUGAGCUUGAUCAACAAGUGUUAUUGUACAAUUCCCGGUUACACUUGUUCCCUGGUAAGUUAAGGUUUAGGUGGAGUGGACCUUAUGUGGUACAAACUGUUUUUCCUCGUGGUUCUAUAGAGAUAAUGAAUCCUCUCAAUGGUAACAUUUUUAAGGUUAAUGGUCAAAGGCUCAAGCCUUUUAUUUCUAACUUUGCACCUGAGGAAUCUACUAUACAUUUGCUUGAUUCUAAUUAA